GCCCCUUUAAGAGGAGGAGCUGCAGGGUCAUGAGUGGGCCGGGGAGGGUGUGGGAAUAUUCUCUUCUUCAUCUGGAAGAUGCAAAGCCUGAUGCUUCUCACACCAGAUAAGAGGCUCUGAGGCGCCUGCACGCUCACCCCCCCCAGUGCCACCCUUGUGCCCUCUGCACAAUCUCCAUAGGCUUGGCACGGUCUUCUGCCCAACACAAGGAGCUGAUCGCAACUUUCUAGGAACUGGGAGACCCUGGCUGGCACGAGGGUCUCAUCCUGACAAGACAAAGCCCCCAGCAUGUGCCGCACAUAGGACACAAUGAGCCACCUGGAGUUGUGCGCCAGUUAAGCAUCCAGCAAUGUGCCCACUGUGGGAUCUCCGACACUUCACCCCAGGACACGAGGAACUGGCCAAACACACGAUGUGCCUACUACAGGAGGAAAGGACCAAAUACUAACCCUUGGCAUGUGCCCGGAGAGAAGAGUAUUGGCACCGCACCCUGAGGGUUCCUAUGGAUGUUCCAAACUCUAUGAAUAAGGUUUUUUCUUCAAGGAUGAAAGCAGCCGUGGUGCUGAUCAUAUCCGGAGCCCUCCUGUUAGUGGGGGGUAUUUUCUGGGUAUGGAAAGACCCUCACCCCAUGGAUCACCCUGGAUAUCUCCCCCAAAGAGCACCCCGAGCUUUACGCCUUCCUGCACUUUCUCCGCCGAUCCCCCCGGAGGGUCAACCGUCUGGAUCUGAAAAUAGGACUACUGCUGAUGGGCACCCGGUGGGCACUGGUACUGAAGGGAACCACUCACAGACCUUUGGGCUUUUGGAGCAGGGGAUCUUCUGGGCUCGAGCAGUGGAAAGGGCACUGCCUCAGGGCUUCUCGGAUGAGUACACGUUACACUGGCAGGAGUUUGCCCGCACGGCCAGCAUUGUGUCCAUGGAGAAGGGCUGUGGGCGCAGCACUAACAGACUGGUGACUCUUUCUGAUGGGAGUCGGGCAUGUGUACGCUAUGGGAUUAACCCGGAGCAGAUCCAGGGAGAGGUCCUCUCUUUCUACCUCUCUCGCCUCCUGGGACUGAACACUGUGCCACCUUGUGUCCUUUCCAAAGUGGGUAGCCCUCAGUGGGCACCGGUACAAGCCGAGUUGGCGGGCACAGGAUGGACGUCGGGGUCGAUGGUCACUAUAACCCCUUGGCUGCACAACCUAAGUUCAGUGUUGCCACCUUUAGCCCUCCGUGCCGAGGACGGCAAGCUGUUGCCCCUACGUGAGGAACUCCACUCAGGUCACGCGGGGGUGGUGGAACUGGCACAAUGGGGCGACCUCAUCAUCUUCGAUUAUCUCACCGCCAACUUCGACAGACUGGUGAGCAACCUCUUCAGUCUCCAGUGGGAUUCCCGCGUCAUGUUGCGAGGAACGAACAAUCUCCACCGCACCCCGGAUGGGACCCUCGUACUACUGGAUAAUGAGGCCGGAUUGGUCCAUGGUUACCGCCUUCGGGACACUUGGGACAAGUACAAUGGGCAGCUACUAAACACCGUGUGUCUGUUCCGCAGGGGCAUGGCCAGGCGGCUGCGGGAACUCUACCUGUCGCGGAAAGCGGCCGAGGAGCUCCACGCACUUUACGCCGCCAGGGAACCUCUGGCCGCGGAUCUGGGCGUGCUGACUGAGCUGGAGGCGCAGAUCUUGCAGGAUCGGGUGGGGGUAAUCUAUAGACAUAUACAGACCUGCCAAGGCGAGUACAGCUGAUAAAGGGUUAACUGGCAUCCACGAGAAGCCAGAUACCAGUUGACGUGGACCAUUGCGGUGCCGGGCAGUAUCGGGUGACCAUUGCGGUGCCGUGCAGUAUCGGGUGACCAUUGCGGUGCCGGGUCAUGGAAAAUACUACUGAUUCUGUGUAGGUGGUCUGCAACCGGUGUCUCUCUCUCCAACUACAACUCCCAACAUGGCGGGAAGUCGCAUGGUGGGAGUUGUCGUUUCUCAAAGCGCCACCGGUUCGGAGACCACGAUUCUAACCACAGGGAUGGAAAUUGUUAUUUCUAACAUUUCAGGGACUAAAAAAGAAAAAAAAACUAAAACUAAUAUAUGUUUAAAGCUACUAGUAACAUUCAUUGUGCGGGACCCGGAUUAUAACCCGGGGGCUGAUAACAUAGAACAAUAGCUCGCCGCCAGCCGCGUAAACCAACGGUAUCGCCUAGUCUCUAGGUAUGGAAUGUUAUUAACAGCUCCGUUAUGUAAGGAAACUUUUUUUAUUUUUUUUUUGGGAUUAGGCACGUGGGCCCUUUAAGGUGACCGCGUUCGAUUUAGUGGUGGUGGCGGUUCAGCGCUGUAAAUAAACGGAAACGGGAAAUAUUUAUCAGGAACGGAUAUUAUUCCCCGCCAGCUGUGGAAGAAAUGAGGGACCAAAUAAAUUCUGUUAUGAAACUAAA